AUGGUCGCUUUUUCCAGCAAGAACAAACUGCUCACUAAACUGAAGCACAAGAUCUCCAAAAGUCAGCUAAAUCUGGCUGACAUCAGAUCACCAAUUUUGGGUGGCACUCGAGGCUUCGGGGCCUCAGAACCUAGAGUACAUUCGGCACACGAUUCGGAUGCCCUACCAUCACAAAGUCACAUCAUGGACCCUAGCUCUAUUCCGGCAGACGGAACCAUGGCCAGUCGUCGGCUAGCCAACGGCAGCACUGCGGACCGUGGAGCACCCAAGCGGCCGGCCCUCUUGACGAGUGGUGGAAACUUACGGGCAUCCCUUUCACAUGAGGAGACCGGUUCUUUAGCCAGCUUAAGAUUCACUAAUGGCGAUGGUAAACCAAUUUUUUCCUUUUAUUUAGUUGCCUCUAUAAGAUUGCUCCAAUUUCACUUACUUUUUUUUACCCAUGAACUAAAUAGCCUAUCAUAA